UCGCCAAGCACAGAUGGGGUUGUUCAAGUGUUAGUCCUUCAGGAUUUUGGGACUUGAUGAAAGAUGGGUGUUUUUGGACGAUGCUUUUGGUUAGACAUUGGUUGUUCGAUUUGUGUCUAAGAGAGGAGAUUUCCCGAAACAGGGGUUUCGUUAGACUUUGGUUCUGAGUAACUUGCAUUUAAUAAGGGAGAUUUCCGUCACAGGCUGUGUUUGAUUUUGGUUAUUUGGAGCGAUUUGUUUAUUUAAGGGAAAUUGUAGAUGUUUGAUUAAAGUUUAGUUCUAGGAGACUUUUGCUGAAGAUUUCAGGAGGACACAAGACAAAUUGUGGCUAAAUUUAAAUUGGAAACUUUGUCUGAGUACCGAUUCUUGUUUCUGACAUGGGAUUGACACCAGCUUCGUCUCACCAGCAGAACCAUUCGGGGUUGCAGUCAAGUAUGGAAUCAUCAAAUUCACCUUUAGAAUCAAUCAUAUCUUCAGCCUGUGCGGUUAGGGAGGCUUUUUCGCCAAUGGCACUGGAAUCCAUGGUUCAAGGAGCAGCGAAAGAUUUAGAGUCAGGCUUUCUUAUGGUGAAGCAAAAGGCUCAUCGCAAGAAGCAGAAAAUGGAGAUAACAGACGGUGUGCAGGCAAACAAGCAGAAUUUGGAUCCCUCAAUGAACAAUUUCUUGUUUUUAGAGGAGCCGAAGAAGGAUUCCGCCAUUAAAUUUCCAUUAAAGGCAGUUUGGGGCAACAUCUUUCAGAAUGCGAGCAAUAAGUCUCGCAAAACAGAAUCAACAAAGAAGAACUUGUCCCAAACAAAUGUUGUAGCUUCCAAAAUGCAGAUCUCUAACGAAGAGACAUUCUGUGGAAACUGUUUUCUUGUUGCUGUUACACGGACUUUUCUAGGGAGCUUCCUUCAAGCAAUCCCAAACCAUUUCAAAACUGUAAAGAAGUGCUUUGGAAAGCAUACCGCUCAUGCAACUGGUGAAAUGAAAACUAAGGAAAUAAAUGUUGAAUUUGUCGAAAAAACAGGGCCAUUUUUAUCCAUUCAGUUAUUGGCAAACAAAUCUCUGCUCAAGAACACAGAGUUGCAUCCGGAUGGUAGUUUCUCAGUUAAUGUGGAAAAAUCUGACUCUGUUAAGGAGAAAGAUCUCUCUUUUGAAGUAUUUUUCAACUAUCUUUUGGAGUAUUGCCUUCAGACCGGCCUUAAAUUGCAGCAAGACAAGAAACAGGAACAGAAGGAAUGUAUCAAUGAGAAGAAUGCUAGAAAAGAACCAGAAGUUUCUUCUAUCAUGGAUAUUGGUCGAAAGCCUUCUUUUCUACCAGAUUUCAAAGGUAUGGAUAUUUUUCAUAGAAUUUUGAAAGGAAAUAAAGUGGACAAAGAUGGAUUGGUAGCUAAACUGAGGUUUGCAAGGAUUGGAGGAGCAUCAGAAAUUUUAGUUGAUUCCACUACCAAAGAAGAGAUUGGAGGGCAGGCAAAUCGAACAAUUGACGCUGAAAGCAAUCAUAUCAAAAAAGCUGAAGCAAAUCCUGCCCAGAAGCUUACAACUGAGAUUUUUAAUGCAUCUUUAACAAAUGUUGAGAGGUUGAAGACCACUUUGUCUGCAAUACCAUUGGCAGAAGUGAAGGAACGUCUGCAUCAAAUUGGAAAAUCACAGGACUAUCCAGACCUGAAGCAGCUCUUUUCUUUCCAGCAUGUCUUUGAUUAUGCGCAAACUGAAGGUAGGAAGUUCUUUGAGGAGUUGGACAGAGAUGGUGAUGGUCGAGUAACGCUUGAGGAUCUUGAAGUUGCAAUGCGAAAGAGAAGGUUACCACGACAUUAUGCCCAUGAGUUAUUACGGCGGACUCGAACCCAUAUGUUUGCAAAGUCAUUUGGGUGGGAACAGUUUCUGUCUUUGAUGAAACAAAAGGAGCCAACGAUUGUUUCAGCAUAUGUUUCCUUGAGUUUGAGCAAGUAUGGUACUCUUAAGAAAAGUCAGGUAUUAACAACACUGAAAAGUCAAGGUCUUCCAGCAACAGAAGAAAAUGUUGUUGCAAUGAUGCGUAUUUUAAAUGCUGAUACAGAAGGAGUUAUUUCAUAUGGCCAUUUCCACAACUUUAUGCUGCUGCUUCCACCGGAGCAUCUUCAAGAUGAUCCAUGGAGCCUUUGGUUUAAGGCUGCAACUGUGGUAGCUGGUGCUCCACCUAUUGUUAUACCUGCAGGAAAUGUUCUUAGGGCUGCACUGGUUGGAGGCUUGACCUGUGCAAUGUCAACCUCUUUAAUGCAUCCCAUUGACACGAUAAAGACACGUGUACAAGCAUCAACACUUUCAUUUCUUGAGGUUGCAUCAAAGGUUCCUCAGAUUGGCACAAGGGCAUUGUACAGAGGCUCAAUUCCAGCAAUUUGGGGACAAUUUACAAGCCAUGGACUGCGCACUGGGAUUUUUGAGACAAGCAAAUUUUUGCUGACAAAUGUUGCUCCUACACUAACUGAAAUUCAGGUGCAAUCUCUCUCUUCUUUCACUGGAACUGUUCUUGGAACUGCUGUAAGGACACCCUGUGAAGUGUUGAAGCAAAGACUACAGGUUGGUAUGUUUGAUAAUGUUGGAGCUGCAAUUAUUGGUACAUGGAAGCAAGAUGGGCUAAAAGGUUUUUUCCGUGGAGCUGGGGCAAUGCUUUUUCGUGAAGUUCCAUUUUAUGUUGCUGGCAUGGGACUAUAUGCUGAAUCCACAAAGGUUGCUCAGCGGCUUGCAAAUCGUGAAUUGGCACCAUGGGAGAUCAUUGCUGUUGGAGCUCUCUCUGGGGGAUUGGCAGCAGUUCUUACAACUCCUUUUGAUGUUAUGAAGACUAGGAUGAUGACAAGCCCCCCUGGUGAACCUACAACAAUAGUUGCCAUUACCUUUACAAUUUUGAAACAAGACGGUCCAUUUGGCCUUUUCAAGGGAGCUGUGCCUCGCUUUUUUUGGAUUGCACCUCUUGGUGCAAUGAAUUUUGCAGGUUAUGAGUUGGCAAGAAAGGCAAUGGAUAAGGCAGAUGAUAAUGCUGAUGAAGUUGCCCAGGAGAAAAAGCUUGUAAAAGCUGGAUAGAGCAAACAAUCAUGGGUCAGGACAUUUUGUUGUAACAAUCAAGUGAAUCAAGUCGUAGUUUGAGGACUCUAGCUCUUCCUAACAUAAAGUUUUGCACUGUAGCGGAUAAAAAACAUACACCAUUAGUUCUUGCCUACUAAUGGUGUUCGAUUUAGAAUUUAUUGGAGAACAAGACUGCUGCUCAUUGGAAUUUGUGGCCGCAGUCUUUAAUUUUUGUUCUGAUGGAAAUUGCUUGGUAUGGGUGCAUUAAAAUAUGCAUUCUAAAUGUGGCCAAUCUAAGAUGAUGGUGAAUUUAUUCUGAUUCAUCAGUUACCUUUUGUUAUUUUGGUAAUGAGAAUGCGUUCGUGUAAUACUUUCAAAGGCUCUAUUGGCCCAGCACAUGGGAAUUAAGAGUAACGUUAUCAUAUGAUAUGCACCCACUACCUUGGGCCGUGGCACUGCUGUAAGUUUGCAAGAGUAGAUUCCUCAUAGCUAUUUUCCAGCAAUUUUACCGGAAUAUUUUAUGUACAUAAGCCUGUUUGAAUUUCAUUGAAGAAGAGACAUUGGAGUUCCUCGAUUUUGUUUUGUUUUCUUAAUGUAAAUAUAUUUGUGAACAUACCUAUAGUAAGAGCUAUAUGCAUUGCACUAUUCAGUUGGACA